AUGACGGGCGCCGGCUACCAGCUGCUUCCCAACAGGGACAGCGAGGAGACAUGCGUGUCCAUGGACGGGCACGAGAAGGGCAGCCCAGAAAAGCACGCUCUCCCACUCUCCAUCAGCAGCGAAGACGAAGAAGGCGACACCAUGAAGCGCAGAAGCCCCUGCCUCCUCUUCAAAGUCGCCCUCUGCCUCGUUCUCAUCGUGUCUAGCGCCUUUGCUGCGUGCUGCGCGUAUCGCAAGGGCAGCAGCAGUGCGAUAUGGACCAAUCGACCCAUCACACUCAAUCGUCGUCCCACCACGACCCUUGGCGUACACUCGGAUGUCGUCUUUGGACUCGGCAUCGGCGAUGUCACCGGUCCCAUUGUCGAGGUCAACAUGAUGGGCUAUGCAGCACUGCCUCAAACCAACACCGGGCUUCACAUCCGCUUGCGAUCCCGUGCGUUCAUCGUCGGAUCGAAAGAGGAAGACACGUCUACAACAAGCAAGCUCCUCACCAGAUCUAAGAGCUUCAUCCCUACGGCUGACGGAUCUGCCACUCGAUGGCUGUUCAUCAACUCGGACAUCUGCAUGGGUGACACAGCUCUUCGCAGGGCGGUGGUCGACCAGCUUCGACAGAAGUACCCCGGCAUCUAUGGCGAGCGCAACGUCGCUUUCGUGGGCACGCACUCGCAUGCUGGGCCCGGAGGCUUCAUGCAGUCGCUUCUUCCUACGCUCACAUCCAAAGGCGUCAUCCUCCAGAAUUUCGAUGCCAUCGUAGAAGGCACUGUUCGAGCUGCGGAGCGCGCGCACGGCGAUUUUGAUAACAGGCAAGCGAAGCUGAACGAGGAAGAGACUCGCAGCACGCGCCUUAGCUACGGAGAGACUCGACUGGAAGACGCACACGUUCAACGUAGCCGAUAUGCGUACGAGCAGAACCCACAGGAGGAGAGGGAUUUGUACAACGACGAGGAUCAGGAUCACGACUUUGGCCUGCUCAAGUUUGAAGACGUCGCCGGGUCCGAGGUCACAGCCGCAGGAUUCCUGUCGUGGUAUGCUGUCCACGGCACCUCGCUGUACGAGAACAACACGCUCACCUCGGGAGACAACAAGGGUCUGGCCGCGCUGUUGUACGAGACAGCCGAGCAGCCGGACAAGCUUCCUGGCCAGAACAACUUCGUGGCGGGCUUCUCGCAGGCGCUGGUCGGUGACACGUCGCCAAACACCAAGGGCGCCUGGUGCGACGAUGGCUCGGUGUGCGAGUACAAGCAUUCGACGUGCGAUAACGGCAAAGGUCAGGACCGCGUGCAGACGUGCCACGGUCGCGGCCCUGCUUGGGGUCUGGACGAGUACCUCGGAGUCAGCCCCACUGGCGGCUACGACUGGGCGUCGAACGAGAUCAUUGCCCGCAAGCAGGUUGAUGCUGCGCGUGCCAUCAUGGAACGCGACCUUUCCGAUUCUGCCGGGGCAAAGGACGACUAUGAAAGCAUGACCUUGCUCACUGGACCCGUCAAGAGCGUCAAGAUGAACAUCGACAUGAGCCAGUAUACCGUCUAUCGUCCCGAUGGCACUCGUGUCAAGACAUGCCCUGCUGCACUCGGCUAUGGCUUUGCGGGCGGCACCACCGACGGUCCGGGCGCCUUCGACUUCGUUCAGGGCAGCAACAACACGGACCACCACAAUCCCUUCUGGGACCUCGUCAAGGGGUUCAUCAAGAACCCGGGACCGGAGCAGAUCGAGUGCCAGGCGCCCAAGGCGAUCUUGCUGGACAUUGGCGAGAUCCACAAGCCGUACGACUGGGGCCCGUCGAUCGUUGAGGUGCAGAUGCUGCGUGUUGGCCAGCUCUUCAUUCUCAUUGUGCCUGGAGAGUUCACGACGAUGGCUGGGCGAAGGCUGAAGAAGGUGGUGAGGGAGGCGAUUCAGAAGGCCGGGUUGGUGGAUGAAGGCGUGGAGCCGAUCGUGCAAGUCAGUGGGCCUGCGUCUACGUACGGCCACUACGUGACGACCGAGGAGGAAUACAGCGUUCAACGUUACGAAGGCUCGAGUACGCUCUUUGGCCCGCACACGCUCGAAGCGUACAUGGACGUCUUCUCGCGUCGACUCGUGCCCGCUUUGCGCGAUGGCGCACGCGACCUACCCGUUGGACCGCAGAAGGAGUUCGACAUCACCAAGGCGUGGAAGCUCAAGACCGGUGUGGUUUAUGAUAAUCCUCCCAUCGGCCACUCGUUCGGCGACGUCCUCGAACAGCCACUCCUCUCGUAUCCUAUCCCCAACAGCGCAAACUCGACCCUGACACCGUUCAACAAACCUCUCACGGUUUCAUCGAGCAGCAACAUCACCGUAUCGUUCGUAGCCGCCAACCCGCGAAACAACCUGCGUCUCGAAGGCACGUAUUUCGAGAUCCAGCGGUACACGGAUGACGGUCGCUGGUAUGUCGAGCGUACCGACGGACAUCACUCGACAACGAUGCGCUGGACCCGCACCAACGAGCUGCACGGGUCCAGCGUAAUUGAUGUCGGAUGGGACGUUGAGCCGUGGACAAAGGCCGGCUUGUAUCGGGUGGUGUAUUAUGGCGAUCGAAAGACGCCAGUGACGGGCAAGAUUCAGAGCUUCGAGGCGACGAGUAACGAGUUUUACGUUGUGUAG